AUUAAAAAGUUUUCCACGGGAGUACCCCUUUAAAGUGUACCUCUACAGUUUUAAUGGCUUGUAUGGCAAAUAAGCACUGUGCACAAAAGUGAUUUCUUGGUUUUAAAUACCUUUACUAUCUUCCCGUCCGCCACUGCUCGUAACUGUGCAUCAAAUGAAAAAGCUUCCCGCUCCAUCUCGACACCAGCGCAUGACGCACCGCAAUGUGAUUCAGCAACGCUGGGUCUCAUGCUAGAGACGGGUGAUAGGCAGUGAGGGGUGGGGAGAAUGGUCCCCGGUAAAGGUCAAAUCCAAAUCAAAGUAGUUUAGCAAAAUGAUUAUUGUGCACAGUGCUGCACUAUAAUCAUUUUCCCAUAAAAGUGAAUAAAACAAUAGACUUACACUUUUAAGAUGAGGUGUUUAGGAUUUCCAGUAAAAAAAAAAAUGAUAAUAAAUAAUUGAUUUAGAUAUAAAAUAUAUAGCUAGUCCAAAUCUUGGGAGAAGAACUUUAUAUGGUGCCUAAAUGUUUUCAACCAGCCGUAUUAUUUAGGUAAAAUAUUUAAAGAAAUAUGUUCUGUUCUCUCCUCCUUUCCUAGCUCAUCCAUUGUAAUAAAUCCUUCAAUUGGAUAUUGGACUAUGCCGCAACAUAUAUUUAGUGGCGUUUCAAAAGUAUGGAAAUUGUGGAAAUGUAGCAGGUUGGCACAUUAGGGCGGCUAAGGCAUUGUCGGAUUGAACUUUGGCACUUUAUAAAGGACACUUUAAGGAUUUGUGGAUAAGUGCUACUUUCGGGUUUUCACAUUUUUUUUUUCUUUUGCAUUUUUAGACACACAAUUGUAAAAACUCACUUCCCUCACUACUGCUAUACCACUGACGUAGAAGAAAUUCGGGAAACUGGUGAGGGCAACAGUAGUGCAGUUAAAAAGCUACCGUAAUAGGAAGGACACCCACUCCCCUCCGUAAGCUAAAGACGACAGCUCCGUCCUGCGUAGCUCUUCUUGACAAUGCAGGACCGCAACAACCCAAUCAACGUUAUGGACUAGCAAAAUUAUUGAAAAGUUCUUUAUUGAAACUCUGAAGGUGCUGCCAGCAGCCCAACCCCUUAGUUUUCGAGGACAACCCUGCACAUGACCAUUGCAGGGGGCGUGUGUUACCAAUGUUACACGAGAAGGAAGUUCCUUAUAAUAAAUCAACUGUACUUAUAAAGAAGUCUAUGUCAGAUAUUUCCCAGAACGUUUGCAGAACUGAGAUGGAACAUUUUCUCACAUCACUAUCGUGCGUUGUGGUGUUACUCAGCUUAGGUGGUGAAGCUGCUGUUAUCAAUGUGAAUGGAACUCUUGGGAAAUCUGUUUUAUUCUAUGUGAAUUAUGGGGUCCCUGCAAACUCUUUAAUACAAUGGAAUUUUUUCCCGCCUGGUGGAGCAGCACAAUUAGUGGCACAAUACUUUUCUACAUAUUCUUGUGAGGAAACACUCAAAGGAAGAUGUGAGGUAUUUCCAAAUGGAUCCUUGAGGAUCGACAACGUCUCCUAUGAUGAUCAAGGGGCUUAUACUCUGAGUACACAAAUUAUAGGUUCUGCCAUCAAUAAUACUCGCUACCAGCUCAGAGUAUAUGCUCCUCUCACGGCCCCUGUUCUCCGCACCAUUGUUUCCAAAAGUCCUCCUACUAGUGGUACCAAUGUGACCCUCCAAUGUGAUGCAGCCGGGAAUCAGAAUGUGACUUCUUACAGUUUCUACCGUGAUCAGAAGGCGAUCUGCUCUCAGCCCAAUGUGAUCUGCAGUGAAUCAGUACUAAACUUCACACCAAUAUAUGUAAAUGACACUGGAUCCUACACCUGCACCAUCGAGAACCCUGUCAGCUCCAACACCAGCAACUCCCUGACUCUGAUUGUAAUCGUUCCGGUUUCUAAUAUCACUGUGACCAGUAAUAUAUCAGGACUUGUGUGGCCUGGAAUAGAUUCCAUCUCUCUCCGAUGUUCGGCUCUUGGUACCAAUGUCAGCUACUCAUGGAGUCUACAAGGGACAACAAUAUCAACAGGAACCCGAUUCCAGCUCAGUGCCAAUAAAUCCACCCUCACUAUCAGCCCGGUCACCACCAGUGACAAUGGGACUUUUAUAUGUACGGCUACAAAUGUCAUAAACAGCCUGAAAAGUGGUGAGAAGAAGCUCAACCUGGCCUCUCCAGUCUCGGCAGUGACACUGAUCAGUAACACAUCAGCAGAUCUCUGGGCAGGACAGGACUCGGUGUCUCUCUAUUGCUCAGCUCAGGGUUCCGCCAUCACCUUCUCCUGGAGACUGAAUGGGAAUCCAGUGUCCUCGAGUCCUCCAUAUAACAUUAUUGAUUCCACUCAAAAGUCCACUCUCACCAUCAGCCCGGUCUCCAAGAAUGACAACGGACCCUUCACCUGUACAGCAUCCAACCGGGCAAACAAUAUAACCAGCAAAGGAAUCAACCUCAAUAUCAACUGGUUUCCGGAUGGAGAUAUUCAAUGUACUGUAGGUAUUAACCAGACAAUACAGCUCGGCUGCUCCUGGCCGGGAGGAAAACCUGCAGCUAAUGUGACCCUGAGAUUUAAUGGUACAGAAAAUACAGGCACCGAUGAAGUGAUCAGUAGUGUGACCUCUUCUGGUAAUAUCCAUGGGAGUAAUCUCACCUGUAAUGGAGAUCAGCUGGGAAGGACCUCGAACUGUACGGUAGCAUUUGUGCCUCCUCUCAGCUUCCCAAAUACUACAAUCCCUCCAGUUACAGAAGGUGCCGCAGCCAUCAUGACAGUGAAUCUCACAUCUGGAGCCCAGACACGGGCCGGCUCCUCCUCAUCUCAGGUCCUUCCUGCUCAGUUCUCCUGGUUCAAUGGGACAGACAAUAGUCCUAUUCGGACUGGUGGUAAAUUCAAUGUGACUUCCACCUCCUAUGUAUCAACUCUCAAGAUCGAUCCGGCGUCUGCAUCCGAUUCUGGAACGUAUUAUUGUAAAGCCACGAAUAUUAUUGGAAGCACAACCUACUACUUCAAGGUUGAAGUGACAAAAAGAGAUGGUGGCCCCAGUAAUGGUGGACUGGAUGGUGGACAGAUAGCUGGUAUUGUUAUAGGAGUUCUCGCUGGUGUCGCCAUUAUAGGAAUCAUUGUGUUCUUUGUACUGAAGAAAAGAACCACCAAAGAGACCAUAUAUGAAAAUACAGAUUCUGUACCUGCAAACCUCUACGAAAAUAGACUCCCAUCCGCGAUCGGCACAGAAAUGACCAGGAAGGAGGAAUCAAAUUAUGAGCAAUUAUUAGUAAGUCCUGAGAAAUCAAUUUACCAUACAGUGAUAGCGGGGUCUGGAAAAUAACAACGGUGCUGAGCGGACAAAUUACCAAAGGAGAAGUUGGAUUUUGCACAGCUGCAUAUUUAAAGGGGUAAAUCUUAUCCCCUAUUCAAAGGGGUGCGGCAGCGUCGGGACCCCCACAAUCAAACAUCUUAUCCCCUGUCCUUUCAAUAUGGGAUAAGAUGUCUGUGGGUGGAGGACCCCUUUAAAGUUUUUGGUUUGGUCUGGACCCAUGUCAAGAACUGGAUUUACGCAAUGAAAUGUCUUUUUUCUUUUUUUUGGUGAUAUACAGAAUGAAUGUGCAAAAUGUUUUUCCUUGUUAUACAAAGAAAAAAACUGUAAAAAGACAAAGCUUAGUUUUGUACAUAUAUUGAUGUAAAAAUAAAUAAA